CACUUGCUACUAUACCUCCUGAACCUUCACAACCGUUUGUUUAUGUAACUGCUACUUAUUCUGAAGAUGGAGAUACUGUAGUUAUUGGUUAUAUAAAUGGAACUGCAACUACUGAAUUUGUGUUUGGACCAUCUACAACUUUUAUACCUCCACCUGCAACUACUGGACUACUUAUACCUGUUAUAACUACACCUGCAACUACUGGACCAAUAGCAUCUGGUGGAAAUAAAACUUUCACAGUGAAUGGACCACCUAUACCUGCUAUAACUCCACCUGCGCCUACAUCUUCUAAAGCAUCCAUUACUCUUAAAACAUCCGCUACUUCUAAAGCAUCCACUAUUCCUACUCACAAUGUAGUUACUACUCCUACUCCUAUAGCAGUUGCUACUCCCAAUGCAGCAGCUACUACUCCUAAGGCAGCUACUACUCCUAAGGCAGCUACUACUCCUAAGGCAAUUACUACUCCUAAGACAGCUACAACUCCUAAAGCAGCUACAACUCCUAAGGCAGCUGCCACUCCUAAGGCAGCUACUACUCCUAAAGCAGUCAUCAAACGUGCAGAAUUAUCAUUUGAACCACCACAGUGCUUUUCUUAUAAUUACGA